GGCUCCAGCGCUCGGUAGAGGUAGACGGCCCAGGGAGCGUAGCUGGUCCAAGUGGAAUCAAUGUGUAAUGGGACAAGUGCCUGUUCAAUGCUGCCAGCAAGAGCAGAUCGGAAAGAGGUGCGAUGGUGAAAUCAGAACUGGCGUCACCCAGUUCAGAUGCGACGUUGAUAAGGAUGAAUGUUUACAUGAGCGAGUCCACUGGACUGACAGUUCUACUCACGCAGCGCAUCUCAUUAUCGACGACGGCGCUGAAGAACGGCCAGUGAUGUACGAGGUUGACGGGCAAGCAGUCAGCAUGCAGACUCUGAACUACUCUCCAGUGCGGUAUGAGUUGUGCGAGACGGUGGACACUGCACGCUCUCAAGAGCGAUACUCUAACACGCUGGUCCACACUGCUCGCAUGAACACUCGCCGACAGCUGCUUGAGCGACAGGCAUGGCUGAGCUCAGCCGUUCAAGGCCGAUAUGCCACAAUGUUGCUGAGCGAGGAGGUGGUGGCAAUUAGCCGAGUUCCAGCCAAGUACUACUUGGACCACAAUCACUCGGCCUUGUCAUUCUUACCCGGCGGGAAGGACAUUUCCUGUGUGGUGAUCAUGAUGGAUGCCAUCCAGGCCAUAUGCGCUCUGACGGAUGGCAUGAUGCAAAUCACCCAGUGGGAGAGUCACCUCACGGAGAUGGAAAAGAAGUGUGGAGUACUGCUCAAGUACCGCGAUGAUGAUGCGGCGCAAUCUUCCAGAGAGAUAUGUUUCCUGGAGGAAUCUGAAGCUGCAAAGGAUUUGUUCAUCCACGUCCUCACAGUGCUGUGGUUGGAAAAGCCUCAGUCACACUCUGUCUGGUUCUGAGUUCUCAGGGCCUCGGGGUUUCACACGCCAGCAAAGUAUGGCACCAGAUUCUCGCCUCGAAAACUAUUUGAGCGCUGGAGUCGAUGCUCUCGG